AUGCGUUUCUACGGUUCUCUUGCCCGCUCCGGCAAAGUCAAAUAUCAAACACCACGUGUCGAACGAACAGCUUCCCGUCGAUACAAGGGAGGUCGUUCCAAGUUUCGAAAACAUGCUGCCUCCAAUAUGGAAUAUAAAAGUGGAGCUCAUCGAUCAGAGCAAGUGACCAAUAACAGCAGCAACAACAACACACCCAACACAUCUUCUCGUAUUCCCGAUCAAUUAGACGCAAGAAUGAAUGAAACUCAAGCUCCCUAUUUUCUCAUGAAUAGUUAUCACAAGUACAACUCUCCGAAAGGAUUUGAACGAACAGAAUUCAUUGCUGAAAAACUUGAAAUCAAACGCGAUAAGAUGUAUUAUCUCUAUCAUGCAGAUCUUCGUGGCGAUGCAAGAAAUCAUAAAAAGUGGCAUCGAAAUCAUCCACAAGAUGGUUUUUAUCAAUUCAGAGAAACUUUUGAUUUUGCGAAUGAGCAAGAUUUGGACGAUUUGGAAAUCUUUCAAUAUUUUGAAAAUCUCACACUUCACCAAGUUUUGGAGAAAGAGGUACUAACUCAUUGUGCUGAUUAUUUGUUGAGUGACAAUGAAUCCAAUUGGGAGGCUAAAUCCCCUUUCCAUCUGUUUUGUUGA